GCUCGGCGGAAGGUGGCUUUUUGGUAGUGCAGCGCUGUGUGUGAUUCCUACCAGCUGUUUCCCGCCUUGAAAGACAUCCGAUCAGCUGCAAACACACACAUGCAAAAGGAGGGAGGGAACGAGAGCGAGCGCGCGACACACACACUACGAGGGAACCCCAUCAGCUGGAACAGUAGAGUAACCUUACAACUCAACGCUCAUGCCCGAAAUCAGCAGGACACGCACAGGACUGCUUCUUAAACGAGACAGGGACACGAAGAGGCUGUUUUGUUUUUAAACCGAUAAAGUACUAGAAGAAUCGAGGAGCCAGAGCUGGAGAGAAGCGGGGAAGCAUGGAGUACUUCAUGGUGCCAGCUCAGAAGGUGCCCUCCUUGCAACAUUUCAGGAAAACCGAGAAAGAAGUCAUAGGGGGCUUGUGCAGUUUAGCAAACAUUCCCCUCACGCCAGAGACGGCGCGGGACCAGGAGCGGCGCAUUCGGAGGGAGAUCGCCAACAGUAAUGAGCGCCGGCGCAUGCAGAGCAUCAACGCUGGCUUCCAGUCUCUGAAAACACUCAUCCCGCAUAGUGACGGAGAAAAGCUAAGCAAGGCUGCCAUCUUACAGCAGACGGCUGAAUACAUCUUUUCUCUGGAGCAGGAGAAGACGCGGCUGCUGCAACAAAACACCCAACUCAAACGCUACAUACAGAAGGAGUUCAGCGGCUCGUCCCCGAAGAGGAGGCGCGCCGAGGAGAAGGAUGAAGGGAUUGGAUCUCCAGACAUCCUGGAGGACGAGAAGGUGGAGGAUCUUCGGCGAGAGAUGAUCGAACUCCGACAACAGCUGGAUAAAGAGCGCUCUGUUCGCAUGAUGCUGGAAGAACAGAUCCGCUCACUGGAUGCACAUCUGUACCCAGAGAAGCUCAAAGUGAUCGCUCAGCAGCUCCAGGAGCAGCACGUGCAGACACAAACUCUGCUUCAUCUUCAACAGCAGCAGCAAGAUAGCAGCACACCUGCUCGCAGCCCGCAGGUGUUUUCUCCUGCCACGCCGCCUGCACCCACUCAUCACGCCACAGUAAUCGUUCCCGCCCCUGCGCCUCCGCCCGCUCCACAUCACGUCACUGUGGUGACCAUGGGCCCCGCCUCCGUGAUCAACACAGCAUCCACAUCUCGACAGAACUUGGACACCAUUGUGCAGGCCAUCCAGCACAUCGAAGGCACGCAGGACAAGAUGGUCGUGCCCGAGGAGGAGAAGCGUCGGGCGGUCAUCGUCACCCCGGGCCGUGUCCUCACAGACACCGGCGACUCCGACACUGCCUCUGACAACGAAGAAUCUGAGGACUGUUAACUGCCCCAGUCACCCCCCACCCCCAUAUCGACCCACCAAAUGUAACGGGGGGCACGGAGAGAGGGCGAGGGGUCUAGGGGUCUGUGGGGAAGGGCCUCCAGCAGAAAUAUUCAUUUUUUCUAUCUCCUCUCUUUUUAUCGCUGUCUUCUUCACACUCGCAUACGGGACUCACAGACUCAAUGACUUGAAGGUUUCUUGAAGGGGGGGAUAAAAAAAAAAAAAAGCAAA